AGUAAACAAAAAUACUAAAUAAAUAAAAGAGGGUAUUAGAGUGAUUCUAGACUCUAGACAUUCUAGUCAUUCUAUUAUAAUUAUAGAGUCUAGAUCUAUUUUCACGAGCGUAGAUCUAGUAGCCCAGGACGACUAGGACUAGAUAUAACAUCUAGAUCUAGUCUCUAGUAUUGGUUUUCAAUUAGUUCAACUCAAUGGCUGAAUCACUUCCAUCAACAUCUACUGUCUGUAAUUCAUCUAUAGAUACACAGACAGUUCUUGUUGAUAAAGAAAAUGAACAGAGUCCUCCAGUUCUCCAACUUCGAUUACAGCAACCCAAAAAUGAACAUAAAGUCAAAUGGACAACAGAUACUGUAGACAAUGAAUUUAUGGGGAAGAAGAAAUCUAAGUGUUGCUGUAUAUAUGAGAAGCCAAAAGUCUUUGGUGAGUCUGAUUCUUCAUCUUCUUCUGAUGAUGAGAAUGAUGAUUGCACAGCUCACUGUCGAGGUCAUAAAAAGAAGUGUUACAGGCAUCACCCCCACAACCGUAAGCCUGGUGAGGAUCCACAUAAUGAGAAUGAUGGUACAAGUCCACAGUUGGACAAUGACUCAACAGGACCAUCAAGCCCUGUACCUCAAGUUUGACUCUGUGCUUGGAGUUCACAUUAAGCAGAACCAAUCUGUUGAUUUAGAAUUGGCUAAAAAAAGGAAAUAGUAUUUUACACUUAGAUGUUUGUAUCCAUAAUAUUUUGUAGUCAUUUCAUAAUCAUCUAAGCCAAAGUUAUAAAUAGUUGGAACAAAUAGAGUAACUUCUUUACUAAUUGUAUGAAAUUAAUAAAAAUCAAUGUUCAAAAAUAUUUCUAGAAGGUUAUAUUAGAUAAAUAAUGUACACUUAUAACAGUGGUGUAGCUAGGGUGGGGGUGGGGAGGGGGGAGAAUUAGAAAAUCCCCCCGGGCCCCCACUUGAGGGGGGGCACUCUAGUAAGUGUUUUUUACAUUAAAAAUUAAAUACGCAAAAUGGAGAGGCCCCCAAACAAUUGAAAAUUCCUAGCUAUGCCCCUGACUUCUUACUAAUAUUGAGAAGUUUAGCUACAAUAGAAACUGAGAUAUACAGAAAUGAAAAAUAAAGUUUAAUCAGUGACUAUAUGUAUCUGUAUGUUUGAUGUUUGUAGGGGUAAACAAAAGCAUCACACUGUAGCCAAAGUCCAAACCAACCAUGUCCAAUAAAAGGUUUGGAAAAAAAAUGAAUCAAAUUUUUGCUCUGCGGAUGCAAACAGCUUCAGACAUUAAAGGAUUCAUUUCUAACUGGAAAAAAAAUAAAGCAAGAGACUUUAGAUGUAUUCUAGGAGUCAAGUAGAAUUGAUUUCCUUGAUGUAUAGCCAUUGACUUUAUAUGGUUUCAGUUUGAGUAAAUAUGGUAAUUUGAAAGGCUAUACUAGCACUAAUGAAAUGUGUUACAGAGAAGAGAGUUAAUUAUUAAAUAGAAAAAAUACUUCAUAGUGACAAUAGAGAAGAAUAACAGACAUUGGUACAUUGGAGAUUUGUUAAUGCUAUCUACUUUGAAGUGAACUUGGCUUAUUUAAAUCUUAACAUCAUCAUUACACAAUGAUUUAAUUUAUUAUGCUUCUUGGUGGUUAAAUGUUUGACUGUUGACCCAAAGGACUUGGGUUCAAUGUCUGUUGGAAAUAGCAUGCUUAUUUGCUUAGAAUUGUAGGCCAAGAUUGAAGCACCUGAAGUUUACCCAUCUGUAAAUGUUAAGUCUCAGCAGAAGAAAGUGGGAUUUGCUGAGUAGACAAAUCUAGUUUUUAAGUGGCCACAAAAACUGACCUAAAACUUUGCUAUGAAACCUUUUUUUUUUUUUUAAAUUUAUUUUACCUUUAGGACUUAGAAAAAAAAAAUGAGAUGUUAGAAGAUUCAAGGAUAACAAUAUUGUGUGAAUUCUUGCUCUGUUUUUCUUUUCUAACUCAGCAGUUGUGUUUUUUUAUCCAAUGACUAUUACUGUUCAAAGCACACAUUGUGAGCACAAGUCAGAAAUUCAGCUUUAAUUGCUCAAACAGAAGUAAUUUUCUACUCAAUGAUGCAUGCUUUAAUCUGAAUGCACUUAACUAUAUUUCAUCAGAAAUUUCAAUGUCUAUACUGUGAUUUGUUAAUUUCUCCUAAACUGCAGUUCCAAAAUGAGCAAGGCUUUUGUAUGAUUCAUAUGUAUAAUAUAUUACUAUGUUGUAUCAUUAUCAUUAAAAAAAGUAUGAUAAUUUCCCUAAGUUAUUUUUAAAUGGCACACUUAUUUAUGUACCUGGAGUAGUAACCAAAGUAAGCUAUAUUAAGCACAGGUGUUAGUCAAUCAUCUACAUUUGAUAUAGUUUGAAUAUCAAGUUUUUUACUUCAAAAUUAUACUUGUUUCAUUUUUCUAUCAUAACAACUCAUCAUAUAUAGAUAUAGAAAUGAAUCUAAUAUUGGAUGCAAUAUUCAAUAACUUUUGAGAAAAUUGUCUUCCUCCAAUCCUAAAAAAAUAUUCUAUACAUGGAAGGUACUUAGUUGGCAAGUAAAGGUUCCUUUGUUGUCAAAGAUGGGUGGGCUGAAUAAUCCUAGGAAAUUCCAAUUUCUCUCCAAUACCAGCUUUUAAUUCCAAUACCACUCUAGAAGUAGAUCUCUGUUUAGAAACAAGCCCAUCAUCACAGGGCCACAAAUUGUUCAUUAAUGCUAGUUUUGUAGCUAUAUUUAGACUUUGAAGAAAUUUUGUUGUGAGACAUAAGUCUUGUAAAUGGACAGUUUCACAUGUUAUUAAGAAGGACAAUUUAGCUACUCCAAUAUAUAGAUCUACACAUGCAUUGCUACCUGCGUGUGCUUUUAGCGGCAUAGCCUGAUUCUUGGGUGCCUCUUAGAUAUAAUUAAUUUGUUUUUUUUUGUGAUGUGAUUAGUUAAAUUUUAAGGAGGAAAAAAACAACAAAUACUAGCAAUCUUCAGGUCUAGUUGAGUUACUAAGAAAUGUACCAGUUAUAUUACAAAUGAUUUCAUCAAAACAUACAGUGUAAAGAUUUGAUCUGCCUCAAAGCUCAAUGUCAAGUUUUACUUUCAUGUCAUGUUUAAAUUAAACUUUUUGCAUCCUCAAAA